AUGGAGUAUGCCAAGAGUAUUCGAAGUGCCUUGCGCCCCCGGACACUGUUCGCCUCAGUGUGUCCCGAGCUGAUAACCGUGAGUCUCCUCUACAAGUCCCAUGGCGUCUCCUUCCUGCAGGUGGACGCUCUCGCAGUCCUGACCUGCGCUAUGCUGACACAGUUACUUGGCAACCUCAGCGCUGUCUACAGCAAUUUUCAACGCACACUGCAACCCAAAGAGCCAGGCGCCAAAGACGACAAGAUCAUCCUCAACUUACUGUCGCUGACACAAGUCCGCCGCUGGUCGUUUUUGUUUUACGGCCUUCAGUUGGCACUACUGGGGCUGACUCACAUCCUUUGUGACAAGAGUAUUGAAAUUACCGGAGUUAUGGCAGUACUCGCCACUGUAGCGUUGCUUUACUGCCGACGUGGUGAAGAUCCUUUGCCAAUAGUGGGUCUGAGGGAAGCUGUGAUAGCAUGGGCAGUUGGGCCAGUGGCGAUGAUCGGUACAGCUUUAUACCUCGUUGGGGAGGUGCCUUGGGCCGUCGUGCUCUACGCGUACAUCGUGAUGCUCUUCGCGUGGGCUUUUCUGGUUCUGGAGAGCGCUCGAGACGCCCCAUUUGCUCGUCGUAUGGGGCGAUCGGACACGUCGUUGGCGUUGAGGUUGGGCUUCCAGUGGAGCUUCCAGGGAUUCUUGCUGAUAAUGGUGUCGUUUUACGGCGUUGUACUGGUGACGGGGAUCGUGAUGGGGCAUCUGGGGAACUUUUUACUUGUUGCGACGAUCGUCAAGCUCAAGGAUAUCAGCGAGGACUUCAGACUCGAGAGACUCAAUCACCUACCCGACCAAUUCGCCAGACUCGCUGUCUUUUUGGGUGUAGGAUUCACCUUGUCAAUUCUUGCAGGGUUGUCGUAA